UCGAGCGCUCGUCGUUCAAAAUCCGCUGACCAUCAAAUUCCCCCCUAACUCCCCCAAAUUCCCCAUCCCAAUCUCUUUCAUCACCAUCUCUCUCCUCCCCUGUUCUCAAACCCUCGCUUCUCCCUCUCUCUCUCUCUCUCUCUCUCUCUCUCUCUCUCUCUCCAGUUCUUGAUUUUCUCUCUCUAAAGAUCCCCACCGCCAUGGACAUCGGAUCGUCUCCGGUGAGUACGUGCUCGAGAGAGGACCAAAAGAUCUACCAGGAAUGGUUCUCCUUCGCCGAUUCAGAUGGGGAUGGGCGAAUCACAGGGCCCGAUGCGAUCAAGUUCUUCGGGAUGUCGAAGUUGUCGCGGCCGGAGCUCAAACAGGUGUGGGCAAUUGCAGACUCCAAACGACAGGGUUUUCUUGGCUUCAACGAAUUCAUUACUGCAAUGCAGCUUGUUACGCUUGCACAGGCAGGGAAUGAGAUUACCCAAGACACCCUUCAUCAUGCAGAUUUGAGUAAAUUGAGUCCACCCAUAAUGGAAGGAUUAGAUGUUCUACUAGCAAAAUCUAAGCCCUCACCGAAGAAAAGUGAUCCUGAUCUGGAUGGUAGUUCUCAGCCCCAAAUACCUUCAACAGUACAGUGGUUUAGCUCAAAAUCAACAAAGAAGAUCCCUCUGAGCUCGGUUACUUCAAUCAUUGACGGAUUAAAGAGACUAUAUAUUGAAAAGUUGAAGCCUUUGGAAGUUACAUACCGAUUCAACGAUUUUGUUUCUCCUUUGUUGACAAAUAGUGAUUUUGAUGCCAAGCCCAUGGUUAUGCUGUUGGGUCAAUAUUCUACAGGAAAAACAACAUUUAUUAAGCAUCUGCUAAGAUGUGGCUAUCCAGGUGCUCAUAUUGGACCAGAGCCUACAACUGACAGAUUUGUAGUUGUCAUGUCUGGACCUGAUGAAAGGAGUAUUCCUGGGAAUACUAUUGCUGUUCAAGCAGACAUGCCUUUCAGUGGUCUUACGACAUUUGGAACUGCAUUUCUAUCAAAGUUUGAGUGUUCCCAGAUGCCACAUGCGCUACUGGAACACAUCACAUUUGUUGAUACUCCUGGCGUACUCUCCGGAGAAAAGCAACGCACACAACGUAGCUAUGAUUUUACUGGUGUUACAUCAUGGUUUGCUGCUAAGUGCGACCUUAUUCUUCUUCUCUUUGAUCCACAUAAGCUUGAUAUCAGUGAUGAGUUCAAACGUGUCAUCGGAUCUCUGCGUGGUCAUGAUGACAAGAUACGUGUGGUUUUAAAUAAGGCAGAUCAGGUUGAUACUCAGCAGCUUAUGAGAGUAUAUGGUGCAUUAAUGUGGUCGCUGGGUAAAGUUCUAAAUACCCCAGAAGUUGUGCGUGUUUACAUUGGAUCGUUCAAUGACAAACCAGUAAACGAAGCAGCUGUCGGUCCAAUUGGGAAGGAGCUGUUUGAGAGAGAACAAGAUGAUCUCCUUUCGGAUUUGAAAGACAUUCCCAAGAAGGCUUGUGACCGCCGGAUAAAUGAAUUUGUCAAACGUGCAAGAGCAGCCAAGAUUCAUGCUUACAUAGUCAGCCACCUAAGGAAGGAGAUGCCAGCCAUGAUGGGCAAGGCUAAGGCUCAACAGCGACUCAUAGAUAACCUAGAAGAUGAAUUCGCGAAGGUUCAGAGGGAAUAUCAUCUGCCUGCCGGGGAUUUCCCCAAUGUCGAUCACUUCAGAGAGGUGUUGGGCGGCUACAAUAUCGACAAGUUUGAGAAGCUCAAGCCGAAGAUGAUACAAACUGUGGACGAUAUGCUGGGAUACGACAUACCGGAACUUCUACGGAGCUUCAGAAACCCCUACGAGUGAAUCGAAAGGGUUCACAACUAAAAUUCUCCUCAUCAGUAGUAGGAGAGAGAGAGAGAGAGAGAGAGAGAGACUACAACAACAGGGGGAUGUAUGUAUAGCCGAGCAUUUUCGCUCAUGUAUUGUUGCCGAUUUGUUGUCGGAUAUUCUGUUCGGAGCCUGCGAGCGAACAAUUUGUUCAUUCGUGGGUAUGCGACGGUAGGUAUAGUUCGGUUACUAAACAGCUGGUGGGGAACCGUGUCCACCCCCCCAAGGAAAUUUUCUCUGAAGAACUAUAAGUUGAGAUGAUGAUUAUCAUGUGAUGUUUAUAUGAUCUGCAAUAACUCAUUUGGUUU